CCCGAACCCGACGCCCAAACCUACCCACCCAUCCCUUGUAGCUCUCUGCAACCCCGAUCCUCAACCCUCACCUCAUCCCCAAAGCAAUAAUUUCUUCAUUCUCCUCCUCCAUCGCUCUCCUUCCGAGACUACACAGUUGGAAAGAAGCUCCUCUUUCAUUCGGCAUCGUUGAUCUGAUCGAAGCAGAAGAAUCCCUCAUCUCUCUUUGCACAAAAUCAUUCAAUCAAUCAAUCAAUCUCCAAACGCUGCGUUUCGGUCGAUUUCUGAGUUCAGGCCUCUUCCUUCUGGUGGUCGUGGGGUCUAUCUUCGACUUCUCUGAAACAUCCAAGCGUGUUCCUCAACCCUCCCUAGUAAUCUUUGCUUGAGGAGUUAGCAAUACCUAGUCAAAAAGCUUGAGGAAGAUUUCACAUACAUGGGUAGAAUAGAGGAAGGCAACAUGCUUGGGAAGAUAGAGAGGAAGAGUAAAAAACAGAAGAAGUGUCAGGGCAGUGCUCCUGAAGGGUUAAAUGACUGCAGUGAUGCCAUGCAUGCUAUGGUGGAGGAUGGCGCCAAAGUGAAAAAGGAAGGCAAGAACAGGAAGAAGAAGAGCGAGAAAGAUGUGGUUUGCAAUGAUGUUGGAUUCAAUACUAUUCAAAAUGAGGCUGUACAUGUGAAGGAUUAUGUGGAAGUGAUUGAUAGUAAUAGAAAGGAGAAUGAUCAGAUGACAAGGAGGAAAUUGGAACUUAUAAGAGAUGACAAGGGAUGUGAGAAAGGUUUGAAGAAGCAUAGGAGAAUUGGUGGAGAAGCUACUGUGGUCAAAGAGUUUUCAGAUGUUAAGUUCCAUGAUGGAGGAGAGGAGAAAAGGAGCCUUAAGUUGACUGAAGAGAAUGAUGCUGGGGAUAACUGUAUGUCAAAAGCAAGUAAAGAUAAGAGGAGGAGCUAUAGGGAGAAUAGUGACAAAUAUGCAAUCAAUUCAAUUUCCUUUUUGAUGGAAAUCCCCAAGCGUAAUUAAAAGGGAAAAUGUAGGGUAGUUGUGGGACAGCAAAUCACUGAGAAGGAAGACAUUGCCAAAAUAAAGAAUGGAAGAAAGAAAUCGAACGAAGAAGAAUAAGGAAAGAAAGACAAGGAGAGUAGUGAUAUUGAGGAGAAGGACAGCAUUGUGGAUGCAAAAGAGAUUGGAAAAGUAAGGGAGCACUAUGAUGGGAAUAUAAUGGAAAAGGUCAAUCAUGGAAAGCAGGAAAAGAGGCAGAAGAUAAAGGAUAAAGAUGAUUUGGGAAGUGGAUUGCUACAACUUAUGGCUGAGAAACAGGGUGAUAAUAGCACUUUAAGUGGAAAUAAAAAGUUUGUAGGCAAUGGUAUUAUGUUUUUGAUUACUUGAAUAAUCUUGUGAGCUUUCCAUGAUCAUCUGAUUAAGCUUGAGAUUUAUCAGGUCAAGAGAGGUUUGGAGUCUUUUUCAGCCCAAUGCAUGUGGUCUUUUACUCACAAAAUUUAUUUCUUUAGACCAUGCUUCUUCAUAUGCAUUGUGUAAUUCCUUGAUGGGUUUGCUUCAAGAGAGUGGCAGUAUGACCAUGAUUAGUAGCCACUGUAUUUCCUCCCAUAGCACUACUGAGAUUUAUUUGUUGAGACAUCAGGUGUCAUGGGUGACCAGAACAGACAUAAAAUUUUAAUGGUGUCUGAUUUCUUUUAUCCCAACUUUGGUGGGGUGGAGAAUCACAUUUACUACCUAUCACAAUGCUUGCUCAAGCUUGGUCAUAAGGUGGUGGUUCUGACUCAUGCUUAUGGAAAUCGUUCUGGAGUGAGAUAUAUGACGGGUGGCUUGAAAGUUUACUACAUACCAUGGAAACCAUUUCUCAUGCAGAACACCUUACCCACAUUUUAUGGGACUCUUCCAAUUAUGAGGACAAUCCUCAUUCGGGAAAAGAUAUCAUUGGUGCAUGGACAUCAAGCCUUCUCAACUCUCUGUCAUGAAGCUCUGAUGCACGCACGCACUAUGGGAUACAAAGUCGUAUUCACUGACCAUUCACUCUAUGGUUUUGCUGAUGUGGGGAGCAUCCACAUGAACAAGGUGCUGCAAUUUACUUUAGCAGAUGUGAGUCAGGCCAUUUGUGUUUCUCAUACAAGCAAGGAAAAUACGGUACUGCGGUCAGGGCUACCACCUGAGAAGGUCUUUGUAAUACCAAAUGCUGUGGACACAGCUAUGUUCACGCCUGCCCCAGAAAAACUCAGCCAUAAUGAAAUUGUAAUCAUUGUGAUAAGUAGAUUGGUUUAUCGGAAAGGCGCAGAUUUGCUUGUUGAAGUCAUUCCUGAAAUAUGCCGUUUGUUCUCCAAUGUUCGUUUCAUUGUCGGAGGUGACGGACCUAAACGAGUGCGGCUGGAAGAAAUGAGGGAAAAGAACUCUCUUCAAGAUCGAGUUGAAAUGCUGGGGGCUGUUCCACAUGCUAGAGUACAGUCAGUCUUAAUUUCUGGCCAUAUAUUCUUGAACAGUUCUUUGACAGAAGCAUUUUGUAUAGCCAUAUUGGAGGCUGCUAGUUGUGGAUUAUUAACAGUCAGUACACGUGUUGGAGGUGUCCCAGAGGUUUUACCAGAUGAUAUGAUUGUCCUUGCAGAACCUGAUCCUAGUGAUAUGGUACGAGCAAUCACAAAGGCAAUAUCCAUACUUCCCAAAAUUGACCCACGAGUUAUGCACCUUCGAAUGAAAAAAUUGUACAAUUGGCAUGAUGUUGCUAAAAGAACGGAGAUUGUGUAUGAUCGUGCUUUGGGAUGCUCCAAUCAAAAUCUUGUAGACAGACUUUCACGGUACCUUCCAUGUGGUGGUUGGGCAGGCAAGCUUUUUUGCUUGGUUAUGAUAAUAGAUUUUUUGUUGUGGCGUUUAUUGCAACUAUGGCAGCCCACUGAAGAUAUCGAGGAGGUACCUGAUUUUAGUCUUCCCAAUUCCGAGUGCCCGGAAUUUAAAGAGGACGGGAGCUUGAGCUUGAGCUUGAGAUGAGUUUCUUCCAAAGAUCAAUGAAGAAAGAUUUGGUGACUACCAUCCUCAUUCCUCCCUCUAUGUUGUGUUACUCUAAGACCCUGUGCAGAGUUCUAGGUAAGAUUAUCUAUCAUUUUACCAUUCACAUCGGAUUGGUCUCAUUAAGGAUGGAAAAAUCGUUCCUAAUUUGUAAUGAGCAAUCAUUGAUAGCAAUUGGGAUGGUGGGUUCGAAGUUAGUUUUUCCUGAUCCCAACUCAGUUCUGGUUACGUGCUUUAAUAUUUCUAUCAUGUUUAUAAUCGAAGUUAGUUUUUUCUGAUCCCAACUCAA